AUGUCAUCCCAGAGUCAGUCGGGCCUCCUUCACAAGUACAAGGGCAUCCUCUUCUCUACCAUGUCUUCGGAAGGGCUCCUCGAUUCCUUGGAUUCUUUUGAUGCGAGAGAAGAUGACAUAUUUCUGGUUUCCUACCCAAAAUCUGGAACCCACUGGGUAGCAGAAGUCAUAGAGAACAUUCCCAAUGUUGGAAUUACCCUCACAUCUCCUAUCGAGUGGGGAGAUGUCUCUAAGUUUGAAGAGCUAAAGAUGGUCCCGAAGAGAAGAGUCAUCCCGACUCAUCUGAGCUACGAGAUGAUUCCUGGGGCUGUUAAACAGAAGCAGUGUAAGAUUGUCUACGUCAUCAGGAAUCCGAAGGAUACAGCCGUGUCCCUGUUCCACUACUACAGAGACAACCCCAACCUUCCAUCCCCUGAAACGUGGGCUGCAUUUUUAGAGCUCUUCCUCAAAGGAGACGUUGUGUACGGCUCCUGGUUUGAUCACGUGUUGAGCUGGGAGAAACACAAAAAUGAUAAAAACGUCCUCUUUUUAUUCUAUGAAGAAAUGAAGAAAGACUUUGUUAAGAGUCUAAAUAAAAUAACUGAUUUCCUUGGCUUUGACGUGAACGACAGCGAUAUUAGUCAGAUUGCGCGGAAUACCUCGUUCAGCGAGAUGAAGAGUAACGCGGUGAAAGAAAACUGCGACCCCAAUCACACCAUCUGCGCCCUGACGUCCGACAGGAACCUGGUGUUCAGGAAAGGAGUGGUGGGUGAUUGGAUAAACUACUUCACUCCAAAGCAGAGGAGUGCCUUUGAUGAACUGUUCACAGAGAAGAUGAAACACAGCGAUGUGGGCAGAUGCCUGAAGGAGUAUACGAAUUCAGAUGGGAAAUGAAGCGGAUUUCCCAGCUUUGCAGAGCAACGCCUAGAAAACGUGUAAAUAUUCUACCGUGGUGGAAAGCAGGUCUUCAUUCCCGUGAGAAACACAUACUUCAAGAACGUGUCAAAAGUGGCACUCGUGAGAGACUAUUAUCAACGCGUUUGGUGACAGUAGAGAAUUAUUAAUAAAAGGAGCCAUAAAAUUCUCCAUUAGCUGAACUCUGUAGCCAUUUCCAGUGUGUUCAGAAAGGCCUGGAGUAGUUCCUGCUCAGAAUGGCGUUGUUAUUGUAAAUCCACCAUGAACUGUGCUGAUGUGGAAAAGGGGUGAAGGAUUGAGUCAUAUCAGAAUAAAAACAGACACCAUCCUGCCAAGCUUGGAAUACCUAAUAGUAGGAUCCUAUCGCACACUGAUGAAUAUGAAUGAUAGUCCUUCAGAUGAACAUCACUGGGCAUGCCCGGAUUGUCUUAAUGUCAUCUCAAUUAAAUUAUAAAUUUUUCUAAUUUUUCAAUUUAGAGACUGAACUUUCCUUUGAAUAUGUCCAUGCUUAUGAUUAUAGUAUUUAGAGU